AAACGCAGACGGACGGCAAUUUCGGCGAGGAGAAAGAAAACCGAUUAUCGGCCAGGGAAAUCGGUUCCGUGCACCGCGGCGAGGGGCAUCUGGGGGGUCGGUGUUUGGCCCUGGCAAACAAGCGACAGUCGGAGGGCGUGCCGCGGAGUCGAUCGAGACGAGGAGGAGCAAGACGAGAGUGGCUGAAGAGGCAGCGAGACGGACGAAGAAAAGCACCGACUUGGGCGAGAGAGGCGAGGAAUGAGCUGAGGAUGACCAUGGCCGAGGACGACGUGCUCUUCGACGACGUCUACGAGCUGUGCGAGAUCAUCGGAAAGGGCCCUCACAGCGUGGUGCGAAGAUGUCUGCACAGGCAAACGGGCCAGCAGUUCGCGGUGAAGGUGGUGGAUGUGGCCAGGUUCACAGCCACUCCCGGACUCAGCACUGCCGACCUGAAGAGGGAGGCAACCAUCUGCCACAUGCUGAAACACCCUCACAUCGUCGAGCUGCUCGAGACGUACAGCUCGGAGGGAAUGCUCUACAUGGUGUUUGAAUUUAUGGACGGUUCCGACUUGUGCUUCGAGAUCGUGCGUCGCGCCAUGGCUGGCUUUGUCUACAGUGAAGCGGUGGCCAGCCACUACAUGCGGCAAAUCACAGAGGCGCUGCGUUACUGUCACGACAAUGAUAUCGUCCAUCGCGACAUCAAACCGCACGCCAUUCUGCUGGCCAGCAAGGAGAACUCGGCACCUGUUAAAUUGGGCGGUUUUGGCUCUGCGGUGCAGCUAGCCGAGGGUCAGACUACAUUGCAACCGCAGCCAGGUCGGAUGGGUGCACCGCACUUCAUGGCCCCCGAGGUGGUUCUGCGGCGGCCGAGCGGCAAGCCGGCCGACGUGUGGGCCCUCGGCGUGCUUCUCCACGUGCUGCUCAGUGGCGCUCUUCCCUUUGUCGGCUCCCGAGACAGAUUGGGCGACAGCAUUGUGCGUGGCCAGCUGCGGCUGGAUGGAGGCGAGUGGAGCCUCGUCAGUGGCAGCGCCAAGGAGCUCGUCAGGGGCAUGCUGCAAACUGACCCGACCCAGCGCUUCACCAUCCACCAGGUGCUCUCUCAUCUGUGGAUUAAGGAACGAGCUAGUGGUGCUCCCAAAAUGCAUUUGUCGGGGACGGUAGACGAGAUGAGAAGGUUCAACGCCCGCAGGAAGCUCAAGGGAGCUGUUUUGUCGGCCGUUUCCUCAUCAAAAUGGGGACUCCUGGGCGACGACGAGCUUGCCGUAGAUCAUAGAGCCACUUCAAGAGCCGUUUCAAUGGUGUUGGACUCAUUAGACGACAGUCACUGCCUGCAAGGUCGCCUGGUGAACAUUUGCGACGACUUGACGCCCCAGGAGCCUGACGAGCAGGACAGGGCGUUCCUUGCCUCAGUCCUGGAAGACACGCAACUCCAUGCUUUGCUUGAGCUUUACGAUCGCAUCUCCAGUCGUGCGAUCAGUCCUUCGAGGGCGCCACCAAGCGACGCUGUGCAGCGUUGCAGGGACCUAACAGACUGGUUGAGGGACUCAUUAGUUCACGUAGGCGUGUCGAACCACCUGCAUCAUACUCCAACCAACAACAACGUUCAGGCUGAGAUGAGGGAGCUGGCCACCAUCCUCAUGAAGCCGCAUUUCAAGGCGUUGUUACAAGCACACGACGUGGCCUCACACGAGGUGUAUGGUGCUGGUGCGGUGCGCGUGACGCCCCCGCCCUUGCUGCCAGGUCCGUACCUGAAUGGCAGUGAGGAAGGUGGCGGCGGCCUGAUGGGCGGCGUCGACAGCGGCGACGAGGGCGGCCCCGACGAGAUGGUCACCCGGGUGCGUCUCGUGCAGUUUCAGAAAAACACGGACGAACCCAUGGGCAUUACUCUGAAGCUCAGCCCUCAAGGCCAGUGUGUGGUCGCCCGCAUUAUGCACGGCGGAAUGAUACACCGGCAGGCCACCUUGCACGUGGGCGACGAGAUCAGAGAGAUCAACGGAGUUUCGGUGGCCAACCAGUCAGUUAGUACCUUGCAAAAAAUGCUGAGAGAGGCAAGAGGCUCAGUUACUUUUAAAAUUGUGCCCUCGUAUCGCAGUGCACCGCCACCAUGUGAGUUGUUCAGGAUUAAGCCUCUCCCUGUUUUAUCGGCGUCACUCAAAGACUGCUCUCGUUCGCAGAUCUUUGUGCGUGCACAAUUUGACUAUGAUCCCCUGGAGGACGACCUCAUACCAUGUGCUCAAGCCGGCAUCGCCUUCAAGACUGGCGACAUUCUGCAGAUUAUAAGCAAGGAUGAUCACAACUGGUGGCAAGCCCGCAAGGACAUUGCCUCCGGCACUGCUGGCCUCAUUCCUUCGCCGGAACUGCAAGAGUGGCGGACUGCCUGUCAGGCCAUGGAGAAGGCCAAAAACGAACAGGACGGCAGUGCAGGAUGCACCUCCCAAAAGGAGACGUGUGAUGGCACCCCAGUGAACUGCUCUAUCUUUGGAAGGAAGAAGAAGCAGUCUCGAGAUAAGUACCUGGCAAAGCACAAUGCAGUAUUUGAUCAGUUAGACCUUGUCACAUACGAGGAAGUCGUCAAACUGCCCUCUUUCCAACGCAAGACUCUCGUGCUGUUGGGCGCGCACGGGGUGGGACGCCGACACAUCAAGAACACACUCAUCGCCAAGCAUCCCGACAAAUACGCCUAUCCCAUUCCGCACACAACAAGGCCGCCGAGAGCAGAUGAGGAAAACGGUCGCAGCUAUUUCUUUGUGUCGCACGACGAGAUGAUGGCGGACAUCGCAGCUAACGAGUACUUAGAAUACGGAACACACGAGGACGCCAUGUACGGGACAAAGUUAGAAACAAUCCGUAAAAUCCAUCAGGACGGCCUGAUGGCAAUUCUGGACGUCGAGCCUCAAGCGCUCAAAAUCCUCCGCACCGCCGAAUUUGCUCCUUAUGUAGUUUUUAUCGGCGCCCCAUCUUUUGGGGCUGUCGGAGGAGUAACAGUAAGAAAUGCCCGUUCUACUACUUCCUUAUCAUUUAAAAAUUAUGAUGGAAGCUUAGAGAGACUAUCGAAGGAGUCUGACCUCCUGAAAGCUGCAUACGGCCACAUGUUUGACCUGUGUCUGGUGAACAACGACAUUGACGAGACCAUCUGCGCACUCGAACGUGCCAUCGAGAAGAUCCAGUCAAGCGCGCAGUGGGUGCCAGUGAGCUGGGUCUACUGACUGUAAAAAUUACGCGACAGAGCGAGCAGAAGAGAAUUUUCUUGCAUUUGCUUCUAGUGAUACUCUUUGUUGUCAUUCCGGUAGUGUGUCGGCGCCCUAGUCAUCCGCCCCGACAAUCUCCCUUUUGAUCUUGCCCGGCGGCCGCGCCUCCCCCCUUCCCGCCCCCCCCCCCAAUAAUGCAUGUUGUCUUUUGCGAAGAAAGAAAUAAUGAACACACACACAAAAAAAUAAAACAAACAAACAAACUCAUUCAUUCAUUAUGCCAAAUUUACUCACCCCUCUUGGAUUAAAAGUUAAGGAAAAGAGGGCUCGAAGACUUCAACGCUUCAUUAGGUUUAUUUUUCGAGAAAUAAUAACAUUUAAUAACUCACACGCGCGCAUCCUUGAUCGAUGGUGAAGAGCUGGUGGCGAUCACUUCAAUAAUUAUUAUCAUUUGUGCAUGCAUGCAUUCGUUUUCCCCUUCGAGUAACUUAAUGUGUUCGCUUUAUAAAGGUUAUUAAUUAAUUAAUUAGUUAAUUAUUAUUAUUGGUUAUCUGUUUUUCUAUUAUAUAAAUUCUAUAUGUGUCGCAAGUACCAUGUCGUGUUGCAAUAACCUUAUUUACAAAACGCAUUGCAGCUCAAAUCGAAUUGUUAUUAUUAUUAUUUGUUGAUCGAGACUAUAACGCUACUCAAUUUAUAGAAUGUCACUUUUGCUUUGCGAACGUUAAACAAGCAAAUAAUUAUUUAUGAUUAAUAUUCCAUUCACUAAUACACUUGAACAAAAAGGGUAACGUAAGGCAUUGUUAUGUGCCAAUAAUGUUUAAGUGUGGGGGAUUUUUAACCACGAAUGAAAAUAAUAUUUUAGACGUUAUUUGAAUGCCACACCGGAAAAAUUAUCGACGAAACCACCUGCAAAAUUUAGCGACAGACGGAAAAAAGAAAGAUAUUCCUUUAGUAUCUAGCAAAAGUGAUGUUGAACCUAAUAUGAAAAUUUUUGUAACAUAAAAUUGAAAAAGAACAAUGCAAAGUAGUCCUAGCAAAGAAGUGGAAUGAAAAUGAAUACAAGUUGAUUAUUCACUGUAUUGGCGUUUUCAGAGAUCUAUUGUAUUCUAUUUAACAUGGCAUUAAAACAAGGAGAACUGUUAAAA